CUCGCGACGAUGGCGACGACGGCUCGGAGCUGGAAAGGGACGCAGUGAAGCUGGCCUCGGCUAGGAUAUGACUAAUGUUUAUUUGAUCGAGGCGUAUUUGCUGCUUAGUAAUUGCACGGGCUUCGGAUGAAUCUUUGGCCUCUAACUUCUCAUCACUCCUUUCCCUGAUUUCCAUGUCUUACCUGUGAGAGUUUCCAAACAGGAUCAUCAGGACUGCUCAUCGUCUGUUACCGAUUGUUUGUGACUGGUCUAGGCCGGAGUUCCUCGUUGGUUGACCCGCACUCCUUCACAGGGGCCAUGGAGGAGGAGGGGCAGCAGAGCUUGGAGUGUAUCCAGGCCAAUCAGAUCUUUCCCAAGAAGUCCCCCGUCCUAGAGGAGGAAAACAUGCAGGUGCCCUUUCCUGAGCUGCAUGGGGAGUUCACAGAGUAUGUUGGGAGAGCAGAGGAUGCCAUCAUUGCAACGUCCAACUACCGCCUGCACAUCAAGUUCAAAGAGUCCGUUGUCAACGUUCCUCUCCAGCUCAUAGAGUGCGCUGAGUGUCGGGAUAUGUUCCAGCUUCAUGUCACCUGUAAGGACUGCAAAGUCGUCAGAUGUCAGUUCUCCACCUUUGAGCAGUGUCAGGAAUGGCUGAAACGCCUGAACACGGUAGUGCGGCCUCCGUCUCGCCUGGAGGACCUCUUCUCCUUCGCCUUCCAUGCCUGGUGUAUGAAUGUGUACGCUGGCGAGAAAGAGCAGCACGGCGAGCUGUGCAGACCAGGCGAACACGUGACCUCCUGGUUCAAGAACGAGGUGGAGCGGAUGGGCUUUGACACUCAAAACGCCUGGAGGAUAUCCGACAUCAACAGCAAGUUCAGGCUUUGCCCCAGCUAUCCUCAGCAGCUCCUGGUGCCAGCCUGGAUCACUGACAAGGAGCUGGAAAAUGUGGCGGCCUUCCGCUCCUGGAAGAGGUUUCCUGCUGUGGUUUAUAGGCACCAGACCACGGGGGCUGUGAUCGCCCGCUGCGGCCAGCCAGAGGUCAGCUGGUGGGGCUGGAGGAAUGCUGACGACGAGCACCUGGUCCAGUCCAUUGCCAAGGCCUGCGCCGUGGACAGCAGCUCCCGCAAGCACCUUUCCAACGGCAGCUACACCAAUGGCUCUGACCUGCCUGAUACUGACUUUGAAUCCUCCAUGACCAACAGCUCAGAGGUGGAGACAUUGGCCAUCCAGCCCCACAAAUUACUGAUCCUGGAUGCCAGGUCCUACGCUGCUGCUGUAGCAAAUAGGGCCAAGGGGGGAGGCUGCGAGUGCCCAGAGUACUAUCCCAACUGUGAGGUGGUGUUUAUGGGCAUGGCCAACAUCCACUCAAUCCGCAAGAGUUUCCAGUCUCUGCGUUUCCUCUGCACCCAGAUGCCUGAUCCAGCCAACUGGCUUUCUGCACUGGAGAGCACCAAGUGGCUGCAGCAUCUGUCCCUGAUGCUGAAGGCAGCACUGCUGGUGGUCAACGCUGUGGACCGAGACCACAGGCCAGUCCUGGUGCACUGCUCUGAUGGCUGGGACCGCACACCUCAGAUCGUUGCUUUGUCCAAGCUGCUGCUGGACCCUUACUACCGCACUAUUGAGGGCUUCCAGGUUUUGGUGGAGACUGAGUGGCUGGACUUUGGCCAUAAGUUUGCUGACCGCUGCGGCCAUGGAGAAAACUCUGAGGACCUGAACGAACGCUGUCCCGUCUUCCUGCAGUGGCUGGACUGUGUUCACCAACUACAGAGGCAGUUCCCAUGCUCCUUUGAGUUUAACGAGGCCUUCUUGGUGAAACUGGUGCAGCACACCUACUCCUGUCUGUUCGGCACCUUCCUGUGUAACAGCGGCAAGGAGAGGGAGGACCGCCACGUCCAGGAGAGGACCUGCUCUGUGUGGUCGCUGCUGAGACCGGCCAACCGCACACUGAGGAACAUGCUGUACUCCUCACACUCCGAGACCGUUCUCCACCCAGUGUGUCACGUACGCAAUCUGAUGCUGUGGACGGCUGUCUACCUGCCCAGCUCCUCCCCUACCACCCCCUCCGAUGACUCUUGUGCCCCCUACCCUGUGCCCGGUGGCAACCCUGAGGACACGCCCCUGGCCAGACGUACGAAGACUCGGUCCUUCGACAACUUGCCAAGUGCAUGUGAGCUGGGAAGCUCACUGGCUCCUAACCGCCGCUCCAGUGACCCGAGCCUCAAUGAGAAGUGGCAGGACCACCGGCGCUCUCUGGAGCUUAACAUGGCAGUGGGGCCCGAGGGAGGGGGGAACCAGGAUCAGGAGGUGCGGCCUAACGGAGUGGGGCCUUAUCCAGACGGAAUGGACUCUGAGCUGGAUGACAGCCCGCAGCCCCGGGGCUCACACGCUGAGCUCGGGCAGGGGGCCACCGUCGGCCCAGCAGAAGCAGGAGAGGAAGCAGAGGAGGCGGAGCUCUCUGUGGCGGUGGGUGUGGCCGAGGGCCAAAUGGAGAACAUCCUUCAGGAAGCCACAAAAGAGGAGGCGGGAGCAGAUGUUCAGAGAGAGGGGAGUGCUGCCAUCACACAUGUCAUUAACACUGUUGACACAGAGGUGGAGACAGAAGCAAGAGUUGAGGUAGAUGAUCAGUGUGCUAAGGUCAACGGGACUGAAAUCCAGAGAGAAGCAUUUGCUAAUGGUCACCAUCCAGAAAAUGGUGUAAUGGAGGCUGAGGAAGAUGGUGAGUCUCCCCCAGAGGAGCAGGGUCAACAGGCAGCUGAGGUGACUCAGACACCAGAGGAUCUGGUGAAGCAGGAUGUAGACAACUCCUCUAUACAAGAGGAGCUUGCACAUGGACCCAAUGAGUCCGACUCAAGUGAGCCGGAGCAGCCUGCAGCCCAUAGAACUAUAACUAAUGGCUUUGUGGACACGUCACCUGAAGAGCCAGGUGUGGAUGAGGAGACAUGCCCUAACUUCGAGUCUGACCGUGGCGUCUCGGAGCCGGGGGAACAACUAGAUAAGAGGGCCUCACUGAUGGAAAGCUCCACAGAGACUUUAACUGAAGAGGCCUGCAGCAGGUUGGAGCUACCAGCACAGCCGCCCGUUUGCCCGAGUCGUCAGCCCUGCAGUGAUGGCAGGAGCCAACCGCCCUGCUCCAGGAAAGAGAAAGGACUGGAGACAGGCGAGCAUGGCUUUAUCAGAACUUUAAAUGGGGGCAGCAAGCGGCCCUCUGUCAGUGCCUUUCAGUCUGUGAGUGCUGACCUCAGCAGGGAUGCGAUUUGUAACGGUGACAGCUCUGAGGGGGAGCCCUGCGGAGGACCUCACUGGGCCAAAGGGAACGGGGAGAGGGCCCCUCUGAGUCGACAGGUGUCCCUAGCAAGUUGCAACUCCCUGAUUCGGGGCAGCUGCUCCCAGCACCGCUGGUGCCACGCCCUGCUGAGCCGGGCCGCCAUCAGCCCGGAGCAGCCGGCCCGCAGCCAUCUGGACGACGACGGGCUGACGCUGCACACAGACGCCAUCCAGCAGAGGCUGAGGCAGAUUGAGGCAGGACACCAGAUGGAGGUGGAGACUCUGAAGAAACAGGUGCAGGAGCUGUGGAGCCGCCUGGAGAAUCAGCAGCACGUCGGCUCCCACAGGAUCAACGGAGACAUGGGAGACGAAGUGACCUCAAUGACGGACUCCGAGUACAACCUGGACCCCAACUGUUUGUCGCGCUGCAGCACAGAGCUCUUCUCUGAGGCCAGCUGGGAGCAGGUGGACAAGCAGGACACUGAGGUGACUCGCUGGUACCCAGACCAUUUGGCAGCCCAGUGUUAUGGCUGUGAGAGCAGGUUCUGGCUCGCCACCAGGAGGCAUCACUGCAGGAACUGCGGUAACGUGUUCUGUGCCAGCUGCUGCGACCAGAAGAUCCCAGUGCCAAGCCAGCAGCUGUUCGAGCCCAGCCGCGUCUGCAAGACCUGCUACAGCAGCCUCCAGCUCAGCCCGGCUCCCCUGGACCUGGAGCUGGAGAAACCCAUCACAGCCAGCUCCAACUGAGUGUCAGAGGACCGGGGCAGGAGGGGGGCGGGGCUGAAGCCGCCAGCCGCAGACACAGGUGCACUGCUGAAGAAGAGCACAGGAGCUACACAGAAUGUCCCAUGUACUUAAUGCGUGUGUGUGUGCUGCAGAUGCGGAGUUUAACGUGUAUAUACAGAGGAUGACGUGGCAGAGCUGAAUGACGUGUUGGCGUGAUGCCGAGCGCUCUGAACGGUGGGUGUGCACAGGGGCGGGUGGUGUGUGUGAGUGUGCGUGUGAUGGGAAAUCACACAUUCGCCACACGGAGGGUUAGUGGCGGUGACGGGACUCCGAGGCCAGAGGAGUGAGAAUGGACGUCCUGGUGCCUUGGACCAGGCAGGCAGAGAAGGUCGUCUCACUGUGUUGCUGAAGACUCCUGGAGGACUUUGGUCCAUCGAAUCAUUUCUCCCCCCGCCUAUCCACGCUUCACAUGAGACUUCUGCGCACCAUCGUCUCCCAGCUUGGACUUCUUCUUUUCUCUGGAGGGUGUAAGAUCAGGAAAAUCUCCUGGCAAUCAUGAGACAGUCCCUCAGCUUUAGAAAUGUCUGGAGAGCUGAUGCUCACAAAUGUUGUUCAGGGAAAAGAUUCAAUGGCCAGUUCACCCAAAUUACCCCCAAAAAAGCACCUUUCCUCACUUACCUCUAGCAGCAUCUUACCCUGUUUUCCAGAGCUCAUCUCCCAUUAUAUAAGUGCUGCAACUAAUAUUUUCAUCAUCAUUGAGUCUGCAAAUCAUUGCAUCAAUUAAUAACUUAUCAAAAAACAUUUGAUAAGCUGGAACCAGAUAGUAUUUGGCCCUUUUGCUUGAAAUGAUAACAUAACUUCCUGUAAUUUGACCAUUUGAUUAUUAAAUAUAAUAGCUGUGCUAGUGUUCACUGCACUAAAAAACUGAAAGUGGUGCUCCAGUGAUUUAGUGUUGACAGUUUAGCAAUUAAAAAAGAGGGAUUAAAACAAGAAUGAUCAAAUUGCAGCAAUGCGUUACAUCCCGACUUUUAAUCCCUAGUGUGGGUCAAGUUUGGAUCCUCCAUUUCCCAUAAUGCAUCUCAGUAGCAUCUUUCAGUAAGAUUCCUCCUGUCUGGUAACCACCCACACCAUUCAAACUGCACACAGGCUUUUUGUUAUGUUUGGGGUCUUCACACCCAAAGAGAGACACCUAUGAUGUCAUAGUGAUGUCAUGUUCAUUUUUGUGACUUGAUAAAGCUCCUCCAGAGCUCCAGAAGACAUCGUACAACAUUUUCCCAGGCUGAGCAGUACUCCCUGUGAUGAGCUAGCUGAUCGCUAUGUGUUGCCUUUACUCUGGAUUAUCCACAGUUUUGUAACUUGGGUGAACUGUCCCUUUAACACUCUGGACUGAAUCUCAUAUAUAUAUAUAGAUAUAUAUAGAUAUAUAGAUGAGAUUCAUUCAAGCGUCCAGAGAGAAGAUGAUGUUGCAAUCCUGAAGGCUGAGGAUUUUUAAAAGUUGAACUUUUAACAAAAAUGCUGUUGGGAUAUUUACUUGUUUUCCCUCCACAAAGCACCGUGCUUCAUUUGAAUACUCAGCUUGACCGUCUCGUGAGUCUUACGACAGGACUAGUUAGUGAUCUAUAGAAAAGGCUUUAGAACACGUGGCCCUUUCACAGCUGACGGCGCUCAGCUCCUCAACGCUGAUAGACUGUUACUAUGGCUACGUCUGCUGGGAGUGUAGACUGAUGUGUUGUGGCGUUGUCAGUUCAUGUCAGACGAGCUGCACGGUUUUUGUGCCCGAGACGGACUGACUGUGUAAUCUCUCCUGUUAGCCAUACCUUCAUGCCCUUCGCUCACAACAUCCCCCUUUUUAUUGUUUUUACCCAGCAGGCACUGGGAGCUGGACCUCUCGCUCACGUUUCAGUGCUCAGGUGGAAAUCACAAGUGAAGUUGUGAGUUUACAUGUUUAAACCUCAUGUUCAAAUUCAAGAUUUUUUCUUUUUUUUUUUUGUUAUUCGAGGCAGAAGUCGACCGUGACCUCAUUUGUGAUCUCCACUUUGAUUGGCUGAAACAUGGCCGCAGCAGCAGAAAGGGCUCUUGGCAUUUUCAAAAGUCUGUAACUCCUUAAGUGGCAUAUGUCAGAGAAGCUUCACUGAGACGCCCACUCUGCCUAACACCCAUUCAGUGACCUCCUUCGCACACACACUGACACACACACACAUUUGUUUUGUAAAAUAAAUGAAUAAAAUAAUAUAUUCAGAUACCUAUAUAGCAUUUAAGAAAAAUGUAUAGAAUCCUUGAAUAGUGGCUCACUUUAAUUAGUCACCAAAAAGUUUUCUUUUUUAAAUUUGUUUUCUUAUGUUAUUAAUUGCAGAAAAAAACGUAUAUUUUGCAGCCUGUUGAAGAUGACAGGUGUUCAGUUGUUUUUUUUUUUCAAAUAGAGAAGCAGGGUGUCCUGUUUUGAUGCUGCAGUGGUUUCCCUUUUAAAUGCGAUCGUUACUUUGAUUUAAUUUAUUAAGGUUUGGUUGAAUUGCUGUUGAGAAUCCAGACAAUUCAAUUGCCACAGGAUAAUCAGUGUUGAUGAGACGAGAAAUGAAAGAUGGUUCUGAUCUGUGGCUACGGUGAUGCGCGUCAUUCCUGUUUGGUAGCAGCCAAUCACAGAAGGAUUUGUGGAUGGAACCAUUUCCAGAUUACGAGGGGGGGGGGGGUGAAGUCGGAGGUGUUGUGUAGCACCAUGUGACCUCUGACGACUAAAUGUCAAAAUGAAAAAGGAGCGUGUCUGUAGCCAAUGAGACGUCUAUGCACUGAGAGAACAGUGGUCCAAAACAAGCAGCCUGAACUCCAAAUCAGAGCCCCCCUGAAGUCACACACAGACAUUACUCCUGUCAAACCCAUCUACAAACACUACCUCUACUUUGUACACACACUCGUUCAUGCACACACACAGUCACACUGAGCUUUUGGUUGCUGAGUGACACUUGCUUUCCAGAUAUACAUCAUCGAGAAUGGCCUUUGUUGUUGUUAUAGAAAAUCUGUGGUUUUCUUUGUGAAUCAGCUGGCGCAUUUAAGGUACAGCGCACGACACGCGGACUUAUUUUAACGAGGAUCUUAUCGUCGAGACUGCCAAUCUUUUUAUUCCUCCUCGUUCAGCUCGUCAUGUCAGCAGAGGGCCCACAUGUGCUUCAUUCAGCAGUGUCCCAGAUGGUCGCUGUGGUUCACCACACGGGAUGGCAGCAUUUCAGCUGUCAGAGGAGAUGCAGAAAUAUGAGUGUGUGAUUGACAACGCGAUGCUGUUUUGGACAUACUGGAGCUGUUUCGCUGAACGUCCUGUUCAGUGUGGCGGCAGAAUCAGCAGAUGAGUGAAGUGUUGAAGGCUUUAAGUGUUUGUUUUUCUCACUUCGCUCCUGUAGAAGUGGACAGCUCGACCCUCAUUCAUUCAAACAGAGUAGAAGAAUAGGAAUUUGUUAACCCCUCAUAGAUGAGACAGUCAUUUCGGUGAGUUGAAUAUUUACGAAAACACUUCAACAGGUGUCGCCAUGGCGACAACAGUGGCAGUCAUUUUUAAUUAAUUUGAAACUCCACUUCUGCAUCAAAUGUGCAGAAAAGUCAAAUGUUAGUUUGACCCUUGCCAGCUUCCCUCCGAUUCAGCUCAGUUUUCUCUUCAUUCUGCAGAGAGCGAGAUGAACUGGAAUACUGAUCAGACAGAAUAUUGACUUCACAUCAGACCGUUCAGUUCAUAAUGGUGACGUGAAGCUGGCCUGUAAUCCUAGAUCAGUCCUAUUAACAGAUGAUUUAUUCCAAGGCUUCACACUCCUCCCAGAAUGAUGUGUCUGUGUCCUAAAUGUUGAAAUGUUUGAAAAUGUUCGCCAACACUUCAAAAUUCAUGAUCUUAAAUACAGACGAUCAGAUGUCAAUAAAAGGACUUCAUUUAAAAAGAUGGCUAAAUGAGAUGGGCGCUGUCUCUGGAUCAGCCCAGUCUGAGGUCAAAGUUCUCUCACUUUCCUCGCAGAAACGCUGACGGCCGGCAGCAGGAAUCUCUACUCUGUGUUUUCACCACCAUCACAGGCACGUGGGGCACCAAGUCAACAAUCCAUGAAUGUGAAUUGUCUUUAAAAAGGCUGUUUUUUGCACAUGACAUCAAGUAGACACUGCCACAGAGUGCAUCAAAAUAAAGCAGAAAGAGUGCUGUGCUUGUCAGUAUUGCAACGAGCAUUAUGGUUGGUGGCCGUAUGUGUGUGGGAGGGUUGGGUAACAUGGUGAACAGGUCAUCAGUUAACACACACACACACACUCAUUACCAGGAUGAUCCCUUGCUGUGCUUUUUUUUUUUUUUCUUCCUCCCAAGAAGCUCUCUUGGUCUGCAUAUGUUGUAUUUCUCUUCACUCACGCUGACCUGCUCUAUCAGAGGCGUCACUGCAGCGGCCCAGUAAUCACAUGACGUGAGUGUGUACGCGUGAAUGUAUUGAGCAUUGGUGUGUGUGUGCGACUGCGUGUGUGUGUGCGCGAGCGUCUCUUUUGGUGGAGACUGGUGCCAAGCAGUUUUAUUACGGGUCUCUCACAAAGGGAUCACUCGUGCUUUUGUUUGAGUUUCCUCUUUUUUUCCCUCCUGUUUGAUAAGCACUUUGAACCUUCUCAUGUCUGUCAGAGGAGUGUGUAGCUGUACAUAGCAAUUUCCUGUAACAACAAGUGCUCCUUGUUCAGUCUGAAUAUUUUGUUUUGUUGGAUUUACUUUAAAGAGCAUUACAUUGUUGUAGAAUUAAAGGAAAAAUAAACUAGAUAAACCUAC